CUUCAGGCAUCCGACUGCUGGACAUUUCAUCUCGACUUUUUCAUCUCUUAUUCCACAAGAUUUCCAAAGACAGGGAGCACCUCCAAAUCUUUUCCUUCAAGCUCGAAUCACGACGAGAAAUAGUAUCUUUAGCCACACACCCUCUCACAUUAGGCUGAUUGGCGCAAGCAUGCCUCCAAGGCCUUCUCCUACGCAUUUCCUCUGCAUACCCCUCGCUGGGAUGCAGUUGGCCAAUUCUCUGGCAUCCUUUCGAGCCGAUGUGACCAGUGCAAUGAGCUUCGGCCUGCCCAAGGACGCGGUCCGGCCUUUGGGGACGCUACAUCUAACGCUUGGGGUCAUGUCCCUGAAUAAGGACGGCGUGGAGAAGGCAGUAGAUAUACUCAGGGGCCUGAAGCUGAGAGAAAUACUUGCCGAGUCGAGAUUGGCCAAGUCUAAUCAGACGUCUGCUGCUGCUUUGGCACUGUCCGAGGGUAGCAUCGAUGGCAGCCAGCUGUCACAGCCAAACAGCAGUCUGUCUCUCACCAUUCGAGGAUUACACUCCAUGCAGCCAGCAGCAAAAGCAACUGUAUUAUACGCACCUCCUUCAGAUCCUGCAGGCAUUCUAUACGAUUUCUGCAAGCUGCUACAAAAACCGUUCCAAGAAAGUGGACUAAUGAUUGACGAAAACCGACCGUUGCUGCUUCACGCUACUAUUAUCAAUACGAUAUACGUCAAGAACAGUGGUGGCAGCAGUGGAGCAAGAGGGAAAAGGCGAGAGAAGCUAACAAUCGACGCGAGAGAUGUGUUGAGUCGGUACGAUGACUAUAUAUGGGCCGAAGACAUGCCCGUCACUCGCGUCGCUCUGUGUAGAAUGGGCGCCAAGCCGAUUGAAGGGACAGACGACGCUGCAUACGAAGUCGAGGCUGAUGUCGAGUUUGAGUCUUGAUAUAGCUCAGAGCUCGGCGCAACAGUGAUGUUGCAUUUACAAGCCAAUAGAAUCGUAUAUCCUUGAACACGUUUCAUUCA